AUGGCAGCUCUAGCUCAACCACCAAUUCCAGUUCAUGAGGGCUCCGAUAUCCCCACGUAUCACCAGAUCCCGGAGACGUCUUUUGACCUGGACUGGGCGGACCUCGCUACCUUGGAUCUGUCUCAAUUCGAUCAACCAGGCGGCAAGGAGCAAUUGGCCAAACAGCUUUUUGAUGCUAUCCAAAAUAUAGGCUUCUUUUAUAUCAUCAACUUCGGUCUCUCACAGGAAGAUGUCGACCGCCAAUUCUCUAUCGGCAAGGAGAUUUUCAAUCUUCCCAUAGAAGAGAAGCUCAAGUAUCGGGCCGAGCUUGAGAAAGGCGGCUAUAAUGGGUAUAAGCCAAUGGGUCUCAGAGAAAUUAGUCCAGGUAUUUUCGAUAAGACCGAAAUCUACAAUAUCCCAAAGUUCAUUCCCGCUCUUGAACGUCCACAACCCGAUAUUGUGAACCAUAACCGACCGGUAAUUGAGUCAUUCGCGCGCCAUAUCCACGACGGAAUCGUUCACAAACUCCUCACACUCUUCGCCAUCAUCCUCGAGCUACCAGAAGAUUACUUCCUCAAAGUGCACCGCUACGACGAGAAAAGCGACUGUCACCUACGCUAUAUGAAAUACCACCGUCGCUCUGAAGAAGAAAAUGAGAAAGCUGCUGGCAUUUGGUCCAAAGGCCACACCGAUUUCGGCAGCCUGACUCUACUCUUCCGCCAGCCUGUCGCUGCGCUGCAGGUUCGCACUCCGGAGGGCGAGUGGAAGUGGGUAAAGCCGUAUCCGGGAAGCAUCACGGUGAAUCUUGCUGACUCACUUCAAUUCCUCACGAAUGGCUUUCUCAAAAGCAGUAUUCACCGUGUUGUUGCGCCACCUGCGGAUCAGAGGGAUGUAGACCGUUUGGGCGUUCUGUAUUUUGUUCGGCCGGAGGACAAUCUUGAGUUGCGCCCGGUUGCAAGUGAAGUUCUGCGUCGUCUGGGGUACGAUCAGACAACUGAUAACAGUGCUGUUGGUAUUACUGCUGGGGAGUGGGUGAAGGCUAGAGUGGCUAAGGGGGGUUGA